CGCAACUCAUCCAGCUCCAUCUCACCCACCCCCAUCCAUCAAAAUCCGCGUCGUCGAUGGAAGUACCGUCAAUCCCCUUCGCGCCAAUCACCCCCCGCCCCUCAACCUAGUUUGAUAUCAACGACAAUACUCCCUUCGACAAACACCUUUGUUCGCCGCGCGGGGAAUUGUCGAAUAGGGAUACCCCCCGACUUCACCCCAUUUGCCUCACGACUUCAACUACUUUUGCCCCUUCCGCCCGCACAAGGUCGCGCCAAGCCUUCGCGAACCUCCAAAAAGUUAUCCCCAACGACCACGCCGACGCGACGGGCGACUUGAGGCGCGACAACUCCUGACUGGAGCCUUUGCGACCUUCCCACACCCCGACUUCGAUACCGGAGGCCCGUUUGCUCGACGCCCCCGACAAACCAGUCGCUUCCUUUGGCAUCACGACCAACGCCAGCCGACACCUUACGCGCAAGGCUGCAUCUUGAUAUGCGCUCUGGCUCUUAAUAGACCAUAGUCCCAUCGAGCAUUGAGGUCCAGGCCACCGGCUCGCCCAUCAUGGCUACCGUCCAGGCUGCUCCUGCAGCCCAACAACAACAAAUGGGUGCCGCCCUUCCAUCGGGACUGUCCCAGCAGGCGGUCCAGGAGAUAUAUAUGAAAUUUAAGCAGAUGAAAGAAUCGGGCGUGUCCGACCAAGAUCCCGAAUACCAAAAGGUCCACAACAUGCUGAUGGCCAUCCAACAACAGCGCAUGUACAACAAACAGCGCCAGUUCCAACAGCAGCAGCAACAACAACAGAAUGCAAAUAAUGCCACGACAAAUGGGAGCAAUGCUGUUCGACCUCCACAACAGAAUUCGGCUACCGUGCCUACACCACCAAGCCAGCCUACGUCAGCAACAGCACCACCGGUAGCGGCAUCAAAGCCGAACGCUGCACAGUCUGCACAAGCAGCGCAGCGUUCAUCGACGGCUGGCAGUGGGUUGUUCACAGCAGAUCAGCUCGGCAUACUGAAGCAUCAGAUCUUCGCGUUCAAGUGCCUGUCGAAGAACCUCGGCAUCCCACAAACCACACAACAGCAAUUAUUUGCACCGCACCAGAAGAAGGAGGCCACCACAGAUGGACUGAUUGCAUCUGCUGCGAAGACCUUGGAAGAUGCACAGCCAAGCGCGAAUGGCAAGCCGAAAGACCUGUCGGCGGCCCCAGAACCAGCUGAGGAGGAGAAAGAGAUGUCUACAACGAUUGACCCAUACUCCCUGAUUCCUAGCAAGAUGAGCUACUUUAAGCACUCGCUGAGGCAAGGGCGCUUUUUGAUCCCCAGUAUCAUGCCUUCUGGCAUCGAUGUUGACAAAUUGCGCGAGGAUCGGGAACGCGUCAUCUACAACCGCAUGUCGUCGAGAUAUCAGGAACUCAAAGCGAUUCCUGCUAACCUGCAGCACUGGGAAACAGGAAACGCGGAUGACCUCUCAGCGGAUGACAGCCUGAAGCGCAAGGCACUCAUUGAGUUGAAGAUGCUUGAGCAGUACUCCAAACAACGCACAAUGAGAGACCGUAUUGCACGCCAAAUGAUCCAAUAUGACAACCUGGCCAUGACCGCAAACAGGAGCAUGUACCGCCGCAUGAAGAAGCAGUCGCUCCGCGAAGCGCGCAUCACCGAGAAGCUCGAGAAGGAGCAACGUGACGCGAGAGAGACGAGGGAGAAGAAGAAGCACACUGAUUACCUCCAGACUGUCCUGCAACACGGCUGCGAGAUUGCUAUUGCGGCCAGUGUGCAGAAGGCCAAGAUGCAGAAGCUGGGUCGCCUGAUGCAAGUCCAGCACCAGACCAUCGAGAAAGAAGAGCAGAAGCGUAUCGAGAGGACUGCUAAGCAGCGUCUCGCGGCCUUGAAGUCUAACGAUGAGGAGGCUUACUUGGCACUGCUCGACCAGGCGAAGGAUACGCGUAUUACGCAUCUGCUGAAGCAGACGGAUGGCUUCUUGACCCAGCUUGCUCAGUCCGUGAAGGCGCAGCAGAGGAAGGCUGCCGAGAGAUACGGUGAUGCCGGUGCCUUUGAGGAUGAGGAGGAGUCUGAGUCGGAAGACGAGGAAAUGAACAGCGACGUUAAGAAGAUCGACUACUAUGCUGUUGCUCAUCGCAUCAAGGAAGAAGUUACGAAGCAAUCAAGUAUUCUGGUUGGUGGCACACUUAAGGAAUAUCAGAUCAAGGGUCUCCAGUGGAUGAUUUCGCUUUACAACAAUAACCUGAAUGGUAUCCUUGCCGACGAAAUGGGUCUUGGAAAAACUAUCCAAACCAUCAGUUUGAUCACCUACCUGAUUGAGGCGAAGAAGCAGAACGGACCGUUCCUUGUCAUCGUCCCUCUCAGUACCUUGACUAACUGGAACCUGGAAUUCGAGAAGUGGGCCCCUUCGGUCAAGAGAAUUGUGUACAAGGGAUCGCCGCUUGCCAGAAAGGAGCAACAGCAAGAGAUCAGAUAUGGUCAUUUCCAGGUUCUUCUCACCACCUACGAGUACAUUAUCAAGGAUAGACCAGUUCUCAGCAAGAUCAAGUGGAUUCACAUGAUUAUUGAUGAGGGUCACCGUAUGAAGAACGCCAAGUCGAAGUUGAGUGGCACACUAUCACAGUACUACUCUACGCGCUAUCGUCUCAUUCUCACUGGUACCCCGUUGCAAAACAACUUGCCCGAACUUUGGGCCCUGCUAAAUUUCGUCCUGCCUACUAUCUUCAAGUCCGUCAAAUCGUUCGAUGAAUGGUUCAAUACUCCCUUCGCCAACACCGGAGGCCAAGAUAAGAUGGAGCUCACUGAAGAAGAACAGAUUCUCGUCAUUCGCCGUCUGCACAAGGUCCUGAGGCCCUUCUUGCUUAGACGUCUCAAGAAGGAUGUCGAGAAGGAUCUGCCUGAGAAGAGCGAGAAGGUCAUCAAAACUCGAUUCUCUGCUCUCCAGGCACGCCUGUACAAGCAGAUGGUUACCCAUAAUAAGUUGGUUGUCAGCGAUGGCAAGGGAGGCAAGACUGGCGCUCGUGGUCUUAGCAACAUGAUCAUGCAGCUGAGGAAGCUGUGUAACCAUCCUUUCGUCUUCGACGAGGUUGAGAACCAGAUGAACCCCAAGAACACCAGCAACGAUCUUCUGUGGCGUACGUCUGGAAAGUUCGAGCUGCUCGACCGGAUUCUGCCAAAGUAUCAGCGUACCGGUCACAGAGUGCUUAUGUUCUUCCAAAUGACGGCAAUUAUGGAUAUUAUGGAGGAUUUCUUACGUCUCCGCGGCAUCAUGUACUUGCGUCUGGACGGAACUACGAAGUCCGAUGAUCGUUCAGACUUGCUCAAGGAGUUCAACCGUCCCGAUUCGCCAUACUUCAUGUUCUUGUUGUCCACUCGUGCUGGUGGUCUCGGUCUUAACUUGCAAACCGCCGAUACCGUUAUCAUCUACGAUUCGGAUUGGAAUCCUCAUCAGGAUUUGCAAGCUCAGGAUCGUGCCCAUCGUAUCGGUCAAAAGAACGAGGUCCGUAUCUUGCGACUCAUCAGUUCGAACUCCGUUGAGGAGAAGAUCCUCGAGCGUGCCAAGUACAAGCUUGAUAUGGAUGGCAAGGUUAUUCAGGCUGGUCGUUUCGAUAACAAAUCUUCCGAGACUGAUCGUGACGCUAUGCUUCGUGUCAUGUUGGACACGGCCGAAUCAGCGGAGAGCCUCGAGCAAGAAGAGAUGGACGAUGAUGAUCUGAAUCUGAUGCUGGCACGUAGCGAAGAGGAAGUCGAAAUCUUCAAGAAGAUGGACGAGGAACGUUCCAGGGAUCCUAUCUACGGCACUGCGGCUGGUUCUAAGCGAAUGCCCCGCCUCAUGGCUGACAACGAGUUACCAGAGAUCUAUCUGUCUGAGGGUAAUCCAAUUGAUGACGAGCCUGAGGAGAUUAGAGGUCGCGGUGCCAGAGAGCGCAAGACUCUCCAUUAUGAUGAUGGACUUACGGAAGAGCAGUGGCUGAACGCUGUCGAUGCCGACGAUGACACCCCAGAAGCCGCUGCGCUGCGGAAGGCUGAGAGGAAGGAGCGCCGUCGCCUAAAGAAGAUGAGGAAGGAGCAGGGAAUUUCCGCCGCUGGUGAUUCCGACACCGAUGGCACUAAGGACAGUGAUGAUGAUGAGCCAGAGCCAGAGCCCGAACCAGUUGUCAAGAAACCACGUGGACGCAAAUCCGCUGGCAAGAUUGACAAGAGGAAGGCAGAGGACUUUGAGGAGGAGGAGAAACCAGCGCCUAAGAAACCGAAGCGAGGCGGUCAAGGUCGCCCGAAGUCGAUGGGCGGUGGUGGCGGAGUUUCCGGUGAUCAUCGCCGCACCCUGCAGACCAGCCUUCGCAGCGUCUACAAGUCUUUGCUUGAACUCGAGACCUCCGAGUCCGGCAGCGAGGGUGAGGAGGAGGCCAAGCGUGCCGUCAUCGGACCGUUCAUGGUGCUACCGCCGAAGAAGGUGUUCCCUGACUACUACGAGCUCAUCGCGAAACCGAUUGCGAUGAAGCAGAUUGACACGAAGAUCAAGAAGGAAGACUACAGUAACCUCAACGAUUUGUACAAGGACAUCGAGCUGCUAUGCAAUAACGCACGGCAGUAUAAUGAGGAUGGGAGCUUUCUAUUUUUGGACGCGAAUACGAUUCAGGCGGCUUGCAAAUCUAAGAUCCAAGAUGAGAUCAGCGACCACCCUGAACUUGGGGAUCAGGACGGCUCGUCGAGGGACGGCGGGUCCACGGCACCGACGACUAAUACGGGAACCCCGGCGCCAAGGCUGAAGCUCAACUUCAGCAACUACGUGAAUGGGGGGAGCAGUGCGGCGCAGAGCGACGAUGAGGAUUAAAAAGCUAGACUGCCUACUCUGCUAUAAUGGUUCCUAGGACCGGUGGAGUGGUUUUUUUUUGGCGGAUGGGAGAAUCAUGGAGGGUUGUGUGUUUUUUAUGGCUGGUGUUAUGAUAGUGGAGUUGGGCUGGGAAUUUGGGUGGCGGGCGAGCUGAUAAGUACAGCUGGGGGAGAUAGCUUCAACUUUGGAGAAGGAAGGCUAGAUUUGUACUUUAUUAGAUAGUGCAUAAUUCAGAUGCAGGAUGUAAAACCCUCCGUUUGCUAACAUCACAGUUAUUGCUGUGAAAAUAGGCUUAGUAAAUAAUCUACGCG